UGUGUGUAUAAUGGGUUUGAAGGAAUAAAGUGUCUCCUCGUCCGACCAGUUUUUCCAGUUUGAUUUAGGCAAGCAACACACACACAACAACCCUUCAACACUGGCACGGAACGAUCAUGCAGCAAUAAAUCUAUCUAAAACACCUCCUGAGGAUUCACAGAAGUCGCUUUGAUAUCGCGUGUAGUCUGUCAGGAUGAGCACUCGGCAUCGAGCGGCCUCCCAGGACUCCUUGGAACAGCCAGACGAUGAGGUCGUGCCGUACAGUGAUGAUGAAACAGACGAUGAGUUAGAUGAUGAGCCGGAACCGACAGUAGAGCUUCCACCGGAACCAGGAGUAGAAGCAGAACAGAUCAGACCCACAGCUACUGGAGAGGCGGGAUGGACUGUCCGUGCGAAUGACAGGGAAUACUGCAAACAACCAGAGUUCCAGAAAAAGGUCUUUCUGUGUAUCAAGAAAAGCAAAUACUCUGGAAAUGCAAUCAAGACUUACAAAUACAACGUCAUCACCUUCCUGCCCCUGAAUCUGUACGAGCAGUUUAAGAGAGUGGCUAACAUGUACUUCCUGUGUCUGCUCAUCCUUCAGUUCAUUCCUCAAAUCGCCACGCUGCCUUGGUACACCACCCUAGUGCCGUUAGUGCUGGUGUUGGGCAUCACUGGCAUCAAAGACCUGGUGGAUGACCUGGCUCGACACAGAAUGGACCAAGAAAUCAACAACAGGAAGUGUGACGUGCUGCUCAACGGGAGAUUUGUCGAGACCCGAUGGAUGCACUUGCAAGUCGGUGAUGUUGUGCGACUGAAGAAAAACGAUUUUAUCCCAGCCGACAUUCUGCUGUUGUCCAGUUCAAACCCCAAUAGUCUGUGUUAUGUAGAGACGGCAGAACUCGACGGAGAGACAAAUCUGAAGUUUAAGAUGGGUCUGAAAGUGACAGACAAACGCCUUCAAGAGGAGGAACAGAUGGCGAGGUUUAAUGCGAUGGUUGUGUGUGAGGAGCCCAACAAUCGUUUGGAUAAGUUUAUGGGAACGAUGAUCUGGGAUUCUGAGAGUUACUCACUCGAUCUCGACAACAUGCUGCUCAGAGGAUGCAAAAUACGCAACACCGACGUGUGUCACGGGCUGGUCAUAUUCGCAGGAAAUGACACUAAAAUCAUGAGGAACGGAGGAAAGACCAGAUUCAAACGCACCAAUAUAGACAAGCUCAUGAACUACAUGGUUUACUCAAUCUUUGUAAUGCUGAUUUUGAUCUGUGCUGGUCUGGCCAUCGGGCACACGUACUGGUAUGAGAGCAUCGGCAGUAAGGCCUGGUAUCUUUACGAUGGUUUGGGCUACACUUUACCUUACAGAGGGUUUCUCAGUUUCUGGGGCUACAUCAUCAUCCUCAACACCAUGGUGCCCAUCUCUCUCUAUGUGAGUGUGGAGGUGAUCCGGUUGGGUCAGAGUAAGUUCAUCAACUGGGAUCUGCAGAUGUACUACGCAGAGAAGGAUACACCGGCUAAAGCCAGAACCACAACACUCAACGAGCAGCUGGGCCAGAUCGAGUACAUCUUCUCUGAUAAAACCGGCACGCUCACGCAGAACAUCAUGGCCUUCAAGAAGUGCACCAUCUCUGGACGUACUUACGGGCAUCCCACCAGCGCAGAAGGUGUGGCCUUGGAUCAUGGAAAUCCUGUAGAUUUCAGCUGGAAUAAGUACGCCGAAAGGAAUUUCCAGUUUUGUGACAAUUUCCUCAUUUCCAGUAUCCGUUCGAAGGAGGACCCGGCAAUACUGGAGUUCUUCAAGCUGUUGUCCCUGUGUCACACCGUCAUGGUGGAACAAAAAGAGGAUGAUCUGGUGUACCAGGCCGCGUCUCCUGAUGAGGGUGCUCUGGUCUCAGCUGCUCGGAACUUCGGGUUUGUGUUUCUGUCCCGAACACAGGACACCAUCACUGUUAGCGAGAUGGGUGAAGUGGAAACUUACAAAAUGCUUGCGCUGUUGGACUUCAACAGCGACCGCAAGCGCAUGUCCAUCAUCUUGAAGUUCCCAGAUGGCCGGAUCCGUCUGUACUGCAAGGGUGCAGACACUGUGAUCUACCAGCGACUCGAUCCAAAUUCCCAGUAUAAAGAGACGACUCAGGAAGCUCUGGACAUCUUUGCAAACGAGACUCUGCGGACUCUGUGUCUCUGCUACAAGGACAUCAGUGAAGAAGAAUUCGACGCUUGGGAGCAGAAACAUCAGGCCGCCAGCAUUUCCAUGGGUGACCGUGAGGAAGCUCUGGACCUUGUGUACGAGGAGAUCGAGAAUAACCUUCUGCUGAUUGGCGCGACAGCCAUUGAAGACAAACUUCAGGACGGCGUUCCGGAAACCAUCGCAAAACUGGCCAAGGCUGACAUCAAGAUCUGGGUUCUGACUGGAGACAAGAAAGAGACGGCUGAAAACAUCGGCUACUCCUGCCAACUGCUGACCGACGACAUGAAGAUCCACUACGGAGAGGACGUGAAUGAACAGCUGAAGAACAAACAGGCAAACAGACGCAAUGACACUCAAGGAAGGAAUAAGAAGAACAAGGACCUGUUUUUCACGGAGCCCGGCAAGAACGCCCUCAUCAUCACUGGAGGCUGGCUGAACGAGAUCCUGUACGAGAAGAAAAAGAAGCGUCGCCGUUUGCGUUUGAAGAAGCUCGGCAAACGGCACACCAACCCUCAGGAAACCAGCCAGCCCAUCGACGACUGGGAGAAAGAGAAGAGACAGGAGGACUUUGUUGACAUGGCGUGUGAAUGCAGUGCGGUGAUCUGUUGCAGAGUGACCCCCAAACAGAAGGCCAACGUGGUCAGUCUGGUGAAACGUUACAAGAAGGCUUGCACUCUGUCCAUCGGGGAUGGAGCCAAUGACGUCAACAUGAUCAAGACUGCAGAUAUUGGCGUUGGCAUCAGCGGUCAGGAGGGAAUGCAGGCGGUCAUGUCCAGCGAUUACGCCUUCGCUCAGUUCCGUUACCUCGAGCGCCUCCUGCUGGUGCACGGGCGCUGGUCCUACAUCCGCAUGUGCAAAUUCCUGCGUUACUUCUUCUACAAGAACUUCGCCUUCACCCUGGUCCACUUCUGGUUCUCCUUCUUCAAUGGAUUCUCCUCACAGACGGCGUAUGAAGACUGGUUCAUCACCCUGUACAACGUUUGCUACAGCAGUAUGCCGGUUCUCCUUGUUGGUCUUCUGGAUCAGGAUGUGAACGACAAACUGAGUGUACGCUUCCCGAAGCUUUAUCUUCCGGGUCAGCAGGGGGCGCUGUUUAACUACAGGAACUUCUUCAUCAGUUUGUUCCACGGGAUCUUCACGUCGCUCAUGAUCUUCUUCAUUCCGUACGGGGCGUUCCUGCAGACGAUGGGACAAGACGGGGAGGCUCCGUCAGACUAUCAGUCAUUCGCCGUGGUAGCAGCGUCAUCGCUCAUCAUCACCGUGAACCUGCAGAUAUCGUUGAACACUUCCUAUUGGACGUUUGUGAACUGUUUCGCAGUGCUUGGCAGUAUCGCCAUGUACUUCGGCGUCAUGUUUGACAUCCACAGCGCAGGAAUACACGUACUUUUCCCAAAAACGUUCACAUUUACAGGUGCAUCGUCUAACGCUCUGAGGCAGCCGUACCUGUGGCUGACCAUCAUCCUGACGGUGGGGAUCUGUCUCCUUCCUGUCAUCUGCAUCCAGUUUCUCCAUCAAACCAUCUGGCCCUCUGUCGGUGACCAGGUUCAGAAAAACAGGAAAAAAUAUGAAAUGGAAGAAGAGGAGGAGGAGAGGAAGAAGAAGAAGCCCGCGUUCCAGCGCAGCGGACGUUCUCGGCGCUCCGCGUACGCGUUCUCGCACUCCGAAGGGUACGCCGACCUCAUCCGCACGGGUCGCAGCAUACGCCAGAAACCGCGCGUGCGCCCCGACCUCCGAGAGAGCAUGCGAGAGGUCCCUCAAGAUGAAAACAUCUGACAUGUUCGCCACCUGCUCCGCUCGCGAUCCAAACGCACCCCAAACACUGCUUAGUAAUAAAUACUGAAUGUGUUCAAGCUUUUUGCCUUUGCCCAAUCUUAAUUUGAGCCGCCCACUGGAAUGGGCCAAUAGAAAGAGGCGUAGUGUCAUUUAAGGGGAGGGGUUUUCAUGAAAGAGCCAAUAGGGGAAGGUCUAACAAGGCUUUUUAAAGGGAAAGUACAAGUAAAAACUCACCGAUGACCAGUUCUGGUUUUAACAUUGUGCACUGAGUACAGCAAAUUGUAUAUCUCAGGUUUUAUUUGUUUUUAUGGAGACACAUUUUUGUCAGUUGUUGGGACCUUGAUUCACUUAUUGUGCAAUUAAGGGUCCCGCCCUUCAGAAGAGUGCAUGUGUGUGCGUAUGUGUGUGUGUCUUUUCAAUUUCAACACUUUUACAUGGUCAAAUAAAUCUUACGUUUUUUUUGUAUCUUCCAAUAAAAAUAUCAAAACGCCCUUAAAGCAAGACUUGUCUUACCUCGAAUCAAAAUAUAUCCUCUGAAGUAGUUUUGCUCUCUAAAUAACUCUUUGUGAAGAAUUGUGGCAUAGUGAUAUUAAAAACAGGAAUUUAUCUGCCUCAUUAAUGUACGUUAAAGUGAACAAGUUUAUCCUUAAAUGUGAACUCUGUAAGGAAUUAUCAUCCUGAUUUCCAAAAUAAUUGUAUUCAAAUAAAUGACUGAAUCCUACAAACCUCACGAUGAAUUGCCCUCAUGGUUUUACGCUUUUCAGGGAGUUGGUGUCUUGUUCUGGAUGAUGUCCCUUACGGGUAACCGUCCUGCUUCAUGAAUGAAUGAAUGAGUGAUUAAACCUCAUGUUUACAUAAAGUAAAUACUACUGAGCUCAUAUGUUCCUCAAGUCCUCUAUUCUGGCUCCUUUACUAAAGAUAUGACCCUUCAAAUCUGUCUAGAAGUCCUGUUUAAUGCACUCUCAUAUUACUUCUAUGAUGUAAUAUUUCAUUGUUAUCCUGUGUGUUUAUUUAUUGUUUUGCCAUCAGACCUAGCUAGUUUAUUUUCCAUCAUGUCUGCACUUUGGUUCAGGGACUUGGGAGGUGGAGAUCUCAUUCUCAUUUUAACACUAGUUACAUGAACACUGUUACAGGAAUUUCUAAAUAAAUCUACCAUAUUAUCGUUUAAGAGAAAGCAUUAUAUUUAUUAGGCUGGCUGAUAUACAUGUUCACAUUUUAUGAACCGAAACCUUCAUGCAGCCACAUCGGUGCCUUAGAAAAUGACAAAUGUACCUUUACACAACUGUGGAUUGUCUGCCUGUAAUUUACUGUAAAAUACUUUGCACAAAUGUCUAUAAAUAAAGAAUGAUAUC